GGGAGCUUGGAACAGCUUUCAGGCACCUGCUCCCAUUCUAGAUCGGGCCCGGGACACCCAGACAGAUGAGAUUGUUGCUCUGAAGAAGGUGCGGAUGGACAAGGAGAAAGAUGGCAUCCCCAUCAGCAGUCUGCGGGAGAUCACACUGCUCCUGCGCCUUCGCCAUCCUAACAUCGUGGAACUGAAGGAGGUGGUGGUGGGGAACCACCUGGAGAGCAUCUUCCUGGUGAUGGGUUACUGUGAGCAGGAUCUCGCCAGCCUUCUGGAGAAUAUGCCAACACCGUUUUCUGAGUCCCAGGUCAAGUGUAUUGUGCUACAGGUGCUCAAGGGCCUCCAGUUCCUGCACAGGAACUUCAUCAUCCACAGGGACCUGAAGGUCUCCAACCUGCUCAUGACAGACAAGGGCUGUGUGAAGACAGCUGAUUUCGGCCUAGCCCGCGCCUAUGGUGUUCCAGUAAAGCCAAUGACCCCCAAGGUGGUUACCCUCUGGUGGGCAACAGCAGCAGACUGCUUGGAGAGCUCCUACUUCAAGGAGAAGCCUCUACCCUGUGAGCCGGAACUCAUGCCCACCUUCCCACACCACCGCAAUAAGCGGGCUGCUCCUGCCACAGCUGAGGGCCAGAGUAGGCGAGGCAAGCCCUGAGACUGGACGACAUGCCCUCCCCAGACCGUGCGUCAGCAGUGGACAGGCAGCUCCCCUCCGAGCCAGGCUGACAGGGACUGCAGGCCCGCGCACAAGGAGGGGCCAUCUGGCAAGAGCAGGGCAGAAACUGCUGGCCCAACGGAGUGGAGUCUUGGAAACGAAGCUGGGCACAGGCCUUGGAAGCAAGCCUCAGAUCAUCACACCACUCACACCGGAUCUCACAGGCCACCCAGGGCAUAGGUGAUGGUAACUCCUAGUGUGCCCCUGGUGAAGAGGAGGGACCAGGCCUGGCGGGCCUCAAUAGGCCCUGGAAUAGCCCUGCUGCCCAGGAGAGGCAGCAGGCUCCCACCUCAGGGGAAGAAAUAAAAGCAUCUCUGACAAGGUC